AAACUGAAAGUGAAACAUGAAAAUCUCAAAUGUAUGGGCAUAAUAAAUGGACAGAUGAACGGAAAACUAUAUGUCAAGUUUGGUUCCAACGUAGUCUUAGACAUCAAUCAAAAUGUCGUCACAUCAUUCACCAGAACAUACAACCUUCCAACAUACAGAAGAACACUGUUCACCUUUUCCUACACAUUCACAGUGUGGAUCAUACCACUGACACUCUCUGUGGAUGUUCAGAUAGGGUUAAGGGGGACGAUGCAAGUUUCGGGCAAUUUGAAUGCUGCUCUACAAGCAAGAGCAGAAAUUGCACCGACUGCCUAUGCUUCAGUUACUGCCAGUGUCUCUGUCUCUCUUCUGAUUGGUCGUGCGGGACUUUCCCUGACUGGCUCCACUGAGUACAGCAUAGGGAGCAGAAGUAUCUGUCAACACUUGCUGGGUGAAUCCCAGUGUGGCCGUAACGGUGUACGAUGAAUGGCCCGGAGUGCAAAUCACAUUCUCUGCCUUCUACCAGUGGCGAAGUUAUUCAUGGUGGUCUGGGGUAAGAUUCGUACCUAACU